AUAUUGACUGAUAUUGAUUUAUUUAGGGGGGGCUAAUUCAUAUUUUGGUUCUAGCGACGUCCCUGAUUCCUACCCUUUAAUUUUUUGUCUGAAAAUUAAAUUUACAUUUUACUCAACUGCGUUACCCACUCCAGUCAGCAGAUUGCGGUCUGCGACUUUAAGGCAAUGCUGCUACUGUGACGUAUAAUCUAGUGGACGGAACGCUUCUUUCAACAGCAGCAACAGACAGUCAGCCACCUCGGUAGCUUGCUAGACAAAAUAGCUGAACCAAUAAAGCUCUUUAGACGCUUUAGUGUAUAUUAGCCACUGUAUUUUAAAACCACUUCUGUCGCCUAAUUAGUUAUCCGUUUUAAUUUCAUAUUUACGGUAUUGUUUUCAUUAUUCAUCUAGCGGGCUGGUUAAGUUAGCAUUAGCCUAGCUAGCUAACAUCUUCAACCAUGAGGUCACUAAGCUACUCUCUUGUUAAUGAAGAGGAGGACUGCUGGACAGAGAAAGAAGCUCUCGUCAAAGAGGAGAAGGAAGAGAAGGAUAUCACAGUAAAACAAGAAGUAGAGGUUGAGGCUGUUACAGUGAAAGAGGAAGAGGAUGUUACAGUAAAAGAAGAGGAGAAAGAGGAGGAUGCAGUUUUUGGAGUGAAAGAGGAGGAGAGGGAAAUGACUGUCACAUUGAAAAAGGAGGUGGAAGAAGAGGAGGAAACUGGAUUUCUGGACUCGGUUUCCCAAACGCAUCUUAACAAUGGUUCUAACGAUGAACGGGCCCUGGUUAACACAAGAGAGAUACGGGACUAUCGUGGAUCCUCUGGGGAGCCUCAACAACAACAUGAGGCUGAAGAGGCAGAGAAGAGUCUCUCCACAUCAGAACACCUCAAGAAACACCAGUGGAGACCCACAGGGAAGAAAUCUCACCACUGCUCUGACUGUGGGAAGAGAUUCACCUCAUCAGGCAUUAAAAUUCAUCAGAGAAUCCACACAGGAGAGAAAGCUUAUAUCUGUGGUCAAUGUGGGAAGAGAUUCACCUCAUCAGUAAAACUUAAAAUACAUCAAAGACAUCACACACGAGAGAAACCAUAUGGCUGUGCUCAAUGUGGGAAGAGUUUUACUACAUCUAGCUAUCUAACUAUACACCAGAGAACACACACAAGAGAGAAACCUUAUAGCUGUAAUCAAUGUGGGAAGAGUUUUAGUCGAUCUGGCUAUCUAACUAUACACCAGAGAAUACACACAGGAGAGAAACCUUAUAGCUGUGGUCAAUGUGGGAGGAGUUUUUCUUCUUCUGGCAAUCUAACUGCACACCAGAGAACACACACAGGAGAGAAACGAUAUAGCUGUGAUCAAUGUGGGAAGAGUUUUAGUCGAUCUGGCUAUCUAACUAUACACCAUAGAACACACACAGGAGAGAAACCGUAUAGCUGUGGUCAAUGUGGGAAGAGUUUUUCUUCUUCUGGCUGUCUAACUAUACACCAGAGAAUACACACAGGAGAGAAACCUUAUAGCUGUGGUCAAUGCGGGAAGAGUUUUUCUUCUUCUGGCUAUCUAACUAUACACCAGAGAACACACACAGGAGAGAAAACGUAUAGCUGUGGUCAAUUUGGGAAGAGUUUUUCUUCUUCUGGCUAUCUAACUAUACACCAGAGAACACACACAGGAGAGAAACCUCUUAGCUGUGACCAGAGAUAAUCUGAUAAAAGAUCUCUGAUCAAAUAUCAGAAAAUGUGUAUAUGAAGGAGUUGUUUCAUGAUAUCAAUGAAUUAAUGUCACAAUGUAGAAUGUUUUAACAUUGUAGUAGGAGUGUUUUAAUGUCUCAAUGUAGAAUGUUUCAAUAUAUAGUAUAUUAAUAUACUCUGCAGUCAGUCAGUCAGAAUGUCACAAUGUAGAACCCUCAACGUUUGCCCCCUUAUCAAUUGGUUUCAACAUGAUAUGGAUAUUAGGCUCAUUGGGGGAAAUCCAGGCUCUGAAUUAAAAGAGUAUUAUUUAUGUGAUUUAACACAAAGUGACUAACAAAAAAAGAGUUGUCCUCUAACCAGUGAUGUACACAUUAUUUCCAGAAUCAACUUAUUUCAACAUGAUAUCGAUGAGUUAUGACAAAUAAGUGUUGUGUUCCUUUGUUUAGCUACCCCUAAAUUUAAAUGCAUCACUCCAAUAUGUAGCUGACUGUCUUCUGCAGGUUGUCCUCUAACCAGUGAGCUAAAAGAUAUCUCCCAUUUCCAUGUUUUUCUUUUGUUGUUAGUUUCAACAGCACGUACAACCGGAUUUCCCCCCUAAUCGAUAUCAGUGAUUUAUUGCUACUUGUCAAAACAACAGCGUUUCUGGUGCUUGUGCAGUUUAUAAGGAGAUUAUUUUAACAAAAGACAAUUAUUGUGGCAGAUGUUUGUGUAUAUACCACAUGUUAGGUUUUCAAUUUAUCCCAAACUGUUUCUGCAUAUUGGUUAUUGAUUUGGACACGUUAAAACUGUGUUUUGACAUUGGGCUAUCCCUCCUAGCAAAAUGUAAUUGAAAAGCCGUUGAAAAUAAUACUAUGCAACCAAAUAUUUCAUAUUUACAUUUCAUGUAACAUUUAGUAAUGAAAAUUAUUCAUGCAACCAACUGACAGUUUUUUGGGUACAAUUAUAUUGACAUUGUUGCCCUGUUUUUAGAAUAUCAGGGUUAAUUCUCUCAUGUGCCAAACCAAAUGUACUAGAGCAUGACAUUGGGUACUGGGCCCCGAUCCAACAACAUGCCUAUCGAGUGAACCCUGAAAAGAGAGAGAAGCUCUGCAGUGAGGUGGAAAGUUACUACAGAUAUUGCAGGAGUUUCCUCUUGAAAUCAGACACGUCCGUGGUAAGGACAACUUGGUUGCUGAUUGUCUCAAGGGUUGGCAGUCAAAAAGAUUUGUGUUUUGUGUUUAGCCAGUGAGUUGCCAUGGAUCACAAUUUAUUUUGACUGCACGGUUUUCCGUAUUGGAGAUGAGUUUUGUUUGGGCUCGUUCCAAGGGGACGAGAGUUCUAGAAGCUAGUGAGUUUUAGGAAGACGAGAGUUCUAGAAGGGAAAAAAUAAUAGUUUAGGAAUCUAUAGAAAGAAAAAGGAGAAAAUAUACGAUAUUAUUAUACGUUGUGUUUAUUAUUAAUUUAAAUACAGUAGGGGAAGAGUUAAUUUUUUUUAUUGUUGACAGCCAGUAGACACCAUGUUUAUAUUGGUGAAGCAUUGUAGUUGAUUAUAAUGUGAAAUGGAAGUUGUUUUCUGUUGGUGGUGAGCAAACUUGUCCAACAAAAAUAUAGGAUAAAUUAAGGGGGAAGGUGUUACAGGCUUUGGUUUUUCCAUUUAUGUUUUGAGGUUGGACUUUAGCACGUAUAGCUCGUUAGCACGUCUUGCUUGUUAGCACGUAGGAUGCACUGAUAAGUGUCACCUCGUUAGUCAGUAUGUGUUACACCUGUGCUGGCUUGUCCAUCUCGUUAGUGGGAAGGUGUUUCACCUGAGCUGGUCCAGGUUCUAUUUAAAAGUGUCUGGCCCAGUGCGCCAGUUGUCUGGAUAGAUGUGGAGAGUCAACACCUUUAGUUGCUCCACUUUUUUGGUUUGCUUCCUGUCUUUAAGUUUAUUGUGGGCUUUUAUUUAGUUUUCCUCUUCUUGGGCAGAUUUAGUGGGUCUCAUGGUGGGUGUCUUUUAGGUCCCAGUUGUUGGUACUAGUCAACUUUCAUUGGACACCCCAUAGUGACUUUCAGAGCCCAUCCUAAAAAACAAGCUUAUAUUUUUGGACUGGAUAUUUUAAUAUAUGGCAUUUCCUUGGGAUGCUCAUUAGUCUUUAAGUUGGUAUUAUUGUUUUUUUAUCCUCUUAUGUUUGUGUACUAAAUAUUCGUGUUUAUUUUCAUUGUUUUUUCCUGAGAAGCCAUUGUGUUGCAUGUCUGAAAUGUGCUGUAUAAAUAAAGCUUGAUUUGAUUUGAA